AUAGAACAGUAGUGAUAAGAUCCACUUAUCUAAAUCGCCAGAGGGUUGUUUGAUACGGCUGAGGAAUGUGUCGUUACAGUGUGUUGCGCAUUCCUUGAGACAAGAGAACAUCCUCAAUGCCUCUAGGGAUGUACCUUCAUCUUCCUUGAAUCAGUGAACCAACUUUCAUUAUCUUCUAAAAGCCGGGCGAAGGUAGAACAAAAAUGUAUCCAACACGUGAUAGAAGUGAACCUGUAGAAAAAAUCUGAUAACUCCACAAUAGUGUCUUGUAGUGUUUGUUCGUAAUGGACUACUAUCAGUUCUAUAAGGGGUUUCGGUUUGAUUGUGUGUUAUUUCCAGGAUUGUUACCAGAGUCCAAAUUGUAUUAAGAGUAUUUCUCAUAAUGAAACAUAAUCAGUUUUGUGUGGAUGUUUGGUUAGAUUCCGGGCUGUCUCCGUGGUUGUACCAAUAUUUGUUUUUGGAUAGAAUCGCGUCACUGCUGAUACCAUAAGAUGCACUGUGUCGAUGUGUUUCCUCUUAUCAAGUCUUCCACGGGUAAAAAAGCCGGUAAUCAAUUAUGUAAGGGAUGCCAUGAACGAUUACUGCAGGCAAAUGCCAAAGCUAGGCCAAGGAAAAGCAAAGAGACCACGUUCAAUGGUUCAGGCAGGUUUCCGGCUGUGGAACAUCAGUCUGGUGAUUCUGCUAGUGUUGACCUUCUGCAACAUUCUGCUGACCAUUCGCCUACUGCACUUCGAGUGUCCGCGCCAGAUUCUCACUCAGGAGACGGUCACUGCGCUGCCCAGGCCCUUGACUGCUGCCCCUCCACAGGUAGCACCAUUGUGUGUUGGUGACGGACAAAAGGGAUGCAAGAGUGCUCACCAGGGGACAGGGGCUGGGGUAAGGGUGGGCGUGGCUGACCCCUCUUCCGAGUUCCGACUGGACCCCCGGCUCGGCCGAUGGGACAAACUGCAUCUUUACAAGCUAUUCGAUGCUGUUGUUGUGGGGGAAAGGUUUGCGGAGGUAUCUGAAGAGUACUCUGUGUGCCUGGCCACUCAGAGCUCGCUGGAGAAGCUGCAUUCUCUGGUGGAAGUGACUCAUCACUGGACGGGACCCAUUUCGGUGGCCCUGUUUGCGGCCGGUGACGGCGAAAUUCAUUUGCUCAAAGGCUACGUGUCCUACCUGCGUAGAUGCUACCCGCCGAUCAGGGAGCGGGUGACCUUCCACAUGGCGUUCUCCAAGGACAAGGUGCCUAGCAUCGUGAGUGGUUCGGAGGACACCACUCAGUACGACUGCAACCACCCCGAGGUCACCCUGAGGCUGCUGGCCAAUAAGCGGUCACCGGCCACCGUGAGAUGGCGCACCAGGAACCCCUAUCCUCAGAAUCAUCUCAGGAACCUGGCUCGCAAGAACUGCCAGGGCAAGUAUGUGUUCAUGACAGAUGUCGACAUUGUGCCAAGCAGUGGAAUGGCUAAGGAGUUGGAUACUUUCAUGGAGAAGGCUCAUUGUAAAGGUCUAUGCGCUUACGUGAUACCCACAUUCGAGUUGGAUGAACGUGUGAGGUUCCCCCGCAACAAGACUGACCUCGUUCGACUGGUGGGCAAAGGACUAGCCAGGCCCUUCCAUCAGAAAGUGUUCAUUUUCAACCAGUUUGCAACCAAUAGUUCUAGGUGGAUCAAAGACAUUGGCUCAAAUGAGAUCCACGUGAGUCAUAAUGUUACAAACUAUGAGUUUCUCUACGAGCCAUUCUAUGUCGCAUCGGACACGGUACCACCCCAUGAUGAGCGCUUCAUUGGAUAUGGAUUCACUAGGAAUAGCCAGGUGUACGAGAUGCACGUGGCAGGCUACCAGUUUCAGGUGCUGUCUCCUGUGUUCAAUUGCCACUGGGGUUUGCAGGUGCGCAAGAGUCGGCCAUCUUGGCGCGAGGCGCAGAACAACCAGAAUCGGCGUCAUUUUGACGCGUUCAAGCGCGAAAUUUACGCGCGCUACAACAAACCCUAUCCAAGUGUGGCCAAACCCAAGCCAAAACCACCCAAAGUCGAAGACGACAAAAAGGAGAAGAAAAACAGAUGAGUGACAGCUGUGCCAGGGGCACAGGGAACACGGAAUUGGCUUUCAAACCAGUCAGGGAACACGGAAUCGAGUCUUAGGCCAGUCAGGGGCAUGGAAUUGAGUAUCAAACCAGUAAGGGAACUCGGAAUUGAGUGAGUCUUGAAGACUCUCAAAUCAGACAAUUUGGAAAAUAUUAUUAAGCUGGCCACUGACGAGCGUUUCAACAUGACACCCAAAAUGUCCUCUGAUUGGCUAAUUCUCACAAACAGCUGAUUCUCAGCCAAUCGUAGAACAUUCUGAGUGUCAUGUUACGCUCGUCAGCGAAUUAGAAAACACAUUAGAAUGGAUUCUCAACAAAUUAGAAUGGUAACACGCAACUAAAAUCUGCAGGGGAACUUAGAAUCGAGUCUUGAAUCAUGAUUCUGCGAGUCUUAGAAUCGUGAAAGCUCUUGAGUCAGUUAGACAACCCAUAUCCGAAUCUUACACCAGCAGGCAACUCAGAAUUUGAUAUUGUAGGUUUUAGAGUCAGUCAGAGAACUCGGAACCAAAUCCUAACAAAUCAGGUAACUCGGGUUGAGUCUUGAAAGCUAUUUACGGAACUCAGAACUGUAUAUUGUAACUUUUCGUGUCAGAAUAGAGUUGCUACUGUUCACCUUCUCCAAUAUUUGGUUUAAGACAAGUAACAGAACUUCGAACAGACUUCAAUAAAGUCAAUAAAGGGGAACUAAGAACUGAAUCUUGAAACUUCUCUAAACAGAAAAUCAUAUUGCACUAUAUAUAUGUUGGAGUAAUUAACAACACAUAAAUAUUCAUACAGACACUACUUUCACACACUAUUCCACAUACUCACAUUCCUAUAAUUGGCUCAAAUUAAUUGCCUAUUGCUAUUAUUUUUUGUUACCAAAAACCGAUCCAGUAAAUAUUGUCCUUGGCAUAUCAGUAAAUACAUUAUGUUAUCGUUAGAUCUUAGACAUCAUCAAUAUGGAAUGUUUAUAUUAAAGAUAUUUUUUAAAAUG